AUGCGACUAUCACAAGAGCUCGGACGUAUCCUUGAGCGUGUUCUAGAGAUCCCGUUUCAGGCAGCGGGUGGUCGUGGUAGUGCUCGUGCUCGUGGGGGCGGUGGUGAUAGAGGUGGUGGUGGCAGAAGGGGGAGUGUCAGAGGGGGUGGGGCCAGAGGGGCUGGUGAUAGAGGGGGUUGGGCCAGAGAGGCUGGUGGCCGAGGUGGUGUCGUUGGAGGCCUGCGUCUAGUAGAUGAGCCUAACAAGCAUGCUAUUGUUCCUGCUCCAGCCCAGCAGCAUCCGUCGACUUCAGAGCUCCUAUCGACUUCAGAGCGCCCGUCGAUUUCUUACCGACCGUCAACACCUCUAUAUACACUGGCACAACUAUAUUCAGAUCACAUAGAAUGGGGAUCAGUAAAGGCAUCAGUGUCUGCGCAGCUGCCAGUUUGUCAUCCACAGGAUGAGCGGCCAGUUCGUGAUCUACAGGGUGGAAAAGAGCUGGAGUACGACUACACAUUCACGGACUUCGACAUGUUUCAGAGCCAAGAUGUAAGUGUUUAA